CAUUUUUCACUGUUCUUCUUCAGUUUGAAAGUAAGAAAAAAGCAAUUCAACGGAAUUAACUUGAAUUGGACAUACAUCUGAACAGAUUGACGGUAAUGCUGUGGAAAAUACGUAUAGUGUUCAGUAUUAUAAAUGUUAUAUACGAUGUACUUCGUCCGAUAUGGUUGUUUUUUCACAAGAAACCACCAAAUAUUCCACCUAUAACUUGUUCCAUAUAUAUGUUGAGUGCCACGAAACUCGCUAAAAAGAUCAGAGAGAGAGAGAUUACGAGUUCUGAAGUAGUGCAAAAAUAUAUAAUGCGUAUUAAAGAAAUAAAUCCUUUCAUAAACGCUGUUGUUGACGACCGAUUCACUGAGGCGAUAAUCGAGGCAAGAAAUUAUGACCAACAAUUGAAAGAUGAUAAAUUUGAUAUUAAAACUUUAGAAAAAGAAAAGCCGCUUUAUGGUGUUCCAAUUACCAUUAAGGAAUGUUGUGCUGUAAAAGGUUGCAGUCAUACAGGUUGCACUUUGUCUCGCAAAGGGAUAAAGGCAGACUACGAUGCUGCGAUCGUCGAGAUGCUUAGAAAUGCCGGUGCGAUACCAUUGUGUGUUACUAACACGCCUGAGAUGUGCUGUGGUUUUGAUAGCACUAAUCUACUAUACGGCCGUACCUACAAUCCUUAUGACACUAGGUAUUCGGCCGGUGGAUCAUCUGGUGGAGAAGGCGCAUUACUUGGGGCAGGUGGUUCCGUAAUCGGAAUUGGCUCAGAUUUUGCUGGUUCUAUAAGAGUACCUGCUUUUUUCAACGGCAUUUUCGGGCAUAAACCCACAUCUGGAAUUAUUCCUACUAAUGGACACUUGCCAUUCACCGAAGACAAAUACUUUCAGAAGUUGCUAACCUUUGGCCCAAUGACUAGAUACGCUGAAGAUCUUGGUUUGCUUAUGAAAGUGAUGACGUCGAAAUGCAAUCACGACUUGCGUUUAGAUGUGCCGGUGGAUUUGAAGCAAAUAAAGAUCUACUAUCGACAAAGUUUGGACAAAACGUUUGGUGUAGUAUCCAUGUCAAAAGAAAUUGAGAAUUGCGUUCUGAAAGCCGCUAAUCAUUUCGCGCGAUAUAAUGUUCGUGCCGAGAAGUUACCAAUAGAGUGGCCAGUAACAAUUGUCGACAUUGCGUUAACAGGAUUCUUGAAUGUAAAAAAGGUCCCUCAAAUGCUGCUAAACGCGAACGAUUCCAAGCACCAUAAAAAUGUAAACAUCGAAUUGAUGAAAACUCUAUUUGGUCUGUCGGAACACACGAAACAGAUGUUAUUCUUCAUUAUACCAUUAGAAACGCAUUUUCCAUUCACAGAAUCAGAGAUAUCGUAUUACAGAAAGCAUGCAGAGGAGAUUCAACAGAAACUGCUGGAUCUAUUGGGAGAUAAUGGCGUAUUUAUUUACCCGACCUUCCGAAAGCAAUUUCUUCCGCAGUUUGUAUUAUGCGAAACGAUGUCCAGUUUGAACUGCGUAAUAUUCAAUUUAUUUGGUUUUCCCGCGGCGCACGUUCCGAUGGGGCUUAAUCACGAGGGAAUGCCCAUAGGCGUUCAGGUCAUAGCUGCACCUUAUCAAGAUCGUCUUUGUCUGGCGGUUGCAAAAGAACUGGAGAUGGCCUUUGGUGGUUGGGUACCACCAUCCGUAUCUAUAAGUGAUUAGAAAAUGUAUUGGGUUUUUUUUAAGUAAAAAAAAAAAUUAUAUCAAGUUGAGGGUCUUUGCAAAGACAAAUGGCAUAAAUAAAGGAUAUUGUAACGGUCUUUGUAUUAGCAAUUCCUUUUACAAUAUUUCAACAUAAAUCUGAAAAUAUGAUGUUUGUAAAUAAAAUACAUAUGUUCUCUA